ACUAUUGCAACGUGUCAUAUCGCUGAUAACUAUUUGAGACAACUUCAAAGCAUUCGGUGAAGGCACGUUGGGUUUGUUUUUCACCCGUUUCGUGAUGAAAACCAGAGCAUAACGUGUGCGCAAACAGUUCACAGCACUUUUUUUCUUUUGUGUUUUAUUUGAAAUAUCUUAACGCGUUCAUCAUGACGUUCAAUAGAAAUUUUAUAAAUGUGAUGGUAUUGAGUUGGGGUUUUAUGUUGGUGUUUACAGCAUUUCAAACAAUGGGCAAUAUUGAAAAAACCGUGCUGCAAAGUAUUCAGAAGGAAAAUCCAAAUUUCACCGGUGAAGCCUACACUAGUUUUGCGAUAAUCUAUGCCGUCUUGGCGACUUGCAACUGGUUAGCACCGUCGUACAUCUCUAUGACAGGGCCAAGAAUUGCAAUACUUACCGGCGCUUGCUGCUACGUCUUUUUCAUAGGAACUUUCCUUUGGCCCCAAGAUGCUUUACUUUACAGUGCAUCAGCUAUUCUCGGUCUUGGAGCGGCUUUAAUAUGGACAGGACACGGCCAGUAUUUAACUGAGAACAGUGACUCUGAAACAAUGUCCAGAAAUGCAGGAAUAUUUUGGGCUAUAUUUCAAACUUCUAUGUUCACUGGGAACCUCUUUGUUUAUUUUAUGUUUACCGAGCCUGAGAUUAAUGCUUCAAAGAGAAAAAUUGUCUUUAGUGUUCUUACAGCGUUAGCUAUCGUUGGUACAUGUUUACUUGCUACUUUAAAAAAGACCUCGCGAGGAUUGAUACUGGGUGAAAUUGAGGGUGCGAAUAGAGAACUCCAAAUACCAGAACCAAUAAGGGAGAAACCAUUGUUAGCUGCUUGGCAUGCACUGACCGAUGCAUUUUCCCUUUUCUUUACCUCUAAAAUGCUUUUGUUAUCUCUGACAUUUGUAUAUACUGGAAUUGUCUUAACAUUUUACUCAGGAGUUUACUCAUCGAGUAUUGGGUUCACUAAAGCGUUUGGUGAUACGCGGAAAAGUUUAGUUGGUCUUUCUGGUAUUUUCAUUGGGAUUGGCGAAGUGAUCGGUGGAAGUCUUUUUGGUAUCUUUGCAUCCAAAGUAUCCCGUAUUUGCGGCGUAUGGGCAGUGGUGCUUACAGGAUUCUGCGUACAUUCCUUUGCCUUUAUAACUAUUUUCUUGAAUUUACCAAAUGACGCUCCGUUUGAGGAAACUACCAGUCUAGGAUACAUUAAUCCUUCACCGGUUUUGGCGAUAGCCGGAAGUCUGGCUCUGGGUUUUGGAGAUGCUUGUUACAAUACACAAGUCUACUCGUUAUUAGGGUUGCUUUAUGCACAAAACAAUGCAUCUGCGUUUGCGUUAUUUAAAUUUUGUCAAUCACUCGCGGCUGCAGUGAGCUUUGCUUACAGCAGUGUUGUUGGCCUUCAUAUACAACUUUUUAUAUUAGUGAUAACAAUUAUUAUUGGUACUAUUACGUUCUGUUUUGUCGAACGUGUUGCGAGAAUAGAAAAAAAUAAUUCGACUCCGUCGGAAGAUAAUUCAACAUAUGUUACACAGUAAAUAUGAUGAAUUUGUUUGGACAUUGGCAUAAGUAGGUAGGGACCAGAGUGGGCCUAGAGUCCCCAAAAACGCGAAUUGGCUCUCUCUCUUCCAAUAUUCAACAAAUUCUCAAAACCAAAAUUCAUCAUUUCUACAAUAAAAUAUCUGGUCUAUCCUAGAAAAAAUUCUAUUUACGCCAAUGUGGUUGGAAAACAAAAGUAUCGAAAUAUAAUGCUCAAGAUAACGAAUUUACUGUAUUCCUUAUUGAAGGGGAAUAUGAUAUUCAUCUUAGAAAUUGUAUUUUUUAAGAAAAGGGCAAUAAUUAGUUAAUAAGUAAAUAAUUAAUUUUAUACCGUGUAUAUAAUAGCUCGACAAAAGAGUAAUAUCGAUGUAAUAGACGAUUCCAUUGUUUUAAGACUGCAUGUUUAUUCAGUUAUGUUCAUGUUUACUCAAUGAAGACUUUUUAAAUAAUUUUAAUUGCGUUGAACGCGUAGAAAGAAUUUUUAAUAUAAAAAAAACAAGAUAAUCACUAUAAGCAUAAUAAAUACAGCAAUUAAAAAUUUAUUUUUUUAUUACGCAUUUCUUAUGGAUCCUUUAACAAUUUUUAUGUCGUCAACGGGUCUGUCAUUCUUAUCGGUCUCAACUAAGCCAAUUCUUUUUACUAUUGCCAUACCAGAGUGAAUUCUACC